AUGGCUAUCGGCAAGAAUAAAAGACUAUCCAAGGGAAAGAAAGGUCUCAAGAAGAAGGUCGUUGACCCAUUCACCAGAAAAGAAUGGUACGACAUUAAGGCCCCAACCACUUUCGAAAACAGAAACAUGGGCAAGACUUUGAUCAACAGAUCCACUGGUUUGAAGAGUGCUGCUGACGGUUUGAAGGGCAGAGUUUUCGAAUUCAAUCUUGCUGACCUUCAGGGUUCCGAGGACCACGCAUUCAAGAAGGUUAAGUUGAGAGUUGAUGACGUUCAGGGAAAGAACCUUUUGACAAACUUCCACGGAUUGGACUUCACAACUGAUAAAUUAAAAUCUCUUGUUAGAAAGUGGCAAUCUUUGGUUGAGGCCAACGUCACUGUUAAGACUUCUGAUGAUUACGUCUUGAGAGUGUUCUGCAUUGGUUUCACCAAGAGACAGGCUAACCAGAUUAAGAAGACCACCUACGCUCAAUCUUCCCAGUUGAAGCAGGUCAGAAAGAAGAUGAUGGAGAUCAUGACCAAGGAGGUCUCCAACUGCACUUUAGCUCAGCUCACUGGUAAGUUGAUUCCAGAGGCUAUUGGCCGUGAAAUCGAGAAGGCUGCACAGUCCACCUUCCCAUUGCAAAACGUCUACAUCAGAAAGGUUAAGUUGUUGAAGCAGCCUAAGUUUGAUUUGGGUAACUUGUUGGCUUUGCACGGUGAGGCUACCGAGAACGAUAAGGGUAAGAAGGUUGCUGGCUUCAAGGAUGUCAUUUUGGAGACUGUCUAA